AUGGCGCGGCUACACUAUGCCGUACAUAUUGGCAUGCCAAACGGGUUAACGCCGGAGAUGAUGGAGAACUACCGGGGAAUUAGCCGUCUAUGGCACCAAUUUUUGAUGGAAGGGGGCGAAGCCCGAGCGGGUUGGAAACGCAAGGCAGCGGGCGGCGAAAUGGCAGGAGCAUGCAAGAGGAGCAAGACAGGCCGGGCAGACAAGGAGGAAAAUGAACGAUACAUGGUCGACGGACUGCGGUUGCUGAUGGGCCCAGCAUCCACAUGGCGGCCAGGCAAGCAGCGAGAAUGCAUGGAGAAGAUUCUGGUACUUGACGGAGAUCAACAGACAUGGGGUGGACGUGAUCGAGUUCCAGCCGUUAGUCAAUUCCGAACGAGAAUGCUUACCACGGGCGGCGCGGAUGGUACAUAUGUAGUCGUCAGCGCAGACACGGCGUUAGUGCUAAGCUUGCUAGGAUACAUCGAGGGCUUAGGGGACGCUGGAUUACUACAGCGCAUAUUUAUCGACGAGGCGGACAUGGCGAUCACGGAUGCGUUGUACCGAGCGAAGCUUACGCAGUUAAAGGGAAUGACCCGAUUCGAAAGGCCGAUCAUGCUGCUCACGGCAACGAUGCCAGUAACAUUCGAGCGGUGGUUCCGUGAAGAGCUGCUGGCUAAUUCGGCCGAGAUCAUCCGGGACCGGGCAACGAAGCUCAACUGCCGAUAUGAGCUGGAGCAGGUCAAGCCCGGGGCGGGAGCGGUAUAA